AUGCUAAAAGCAAAUACUCUUUUAAUUUCUAAAUGCAUCCAGAGAUGUGCUUUGAAAAAUGUUCCUUCUACUUCAAUAAUUUCAUCUAGAAGCUUCGUUUUAAAAAAUUAUCAAACUAGUUAUAAACGAUUCAAUUCAACUAAUACAGCUAACAAACCUGAAAUUAAAACUGAAAUUAAAAAUGAAGAAAGUAAUAGCAUCGAGGAAAUACCUUCCAAUAAGCGUGUUAAGAUUACUGUCAAGAAAGCUCCAUUAUGGGAUAGAGUCAAACAUGAAGCUAAACAUUAUUGGGAUGGUACUAAACUUUUAGGGUUAGAAACCAAAAUUUCAUUCAAAUUGCUAUUAAAAUUAUUGGCUGGUUAUGAAUUAACUCGUCGUGAAAUGUUGCAAUUUAAAAGAACUACUCAAGAUAUCGUUAGAUUAGUUCCAUUUGCUGCAUUUGUUAUCAUUCCAUUUGCGGAAUUACUAUUACCUGUGGCAUUAAAGAUCUUCCCAAAUCUAUUACCUUCCACUUAUGAAUCACAAAAGGAAAAAAUAUCCAAAUUAGAAAGUUUAAGAAAGACUAGAAGAUUAAUGUCCAAAUUUAUGAAUGAGAAAAAGCCUCAUUUUAAACCAACAGAUAUUACAGAUGAUCAAAAAAUUAUCUUUAAUAAUUUUUAUAGAAAAGUCUUUGAAACCGGUAAACCUGAAUCCCGUGAACAAUUAAUCCAAGUGGCAAGAUUAUAUAAGGAUGAUACUGUUUUGGAUAACGUUACAAGACCAUAUUUGAUUGCGUUGGCAAAAUAUAUCAAUUUGAAACCCUUUGGUACUGAUGUGAUGUUACGUUAUCGUAUUAGAUCUAAAUUAUUAGAAUUAAGACAAGAUGAUUUGAGUAUAUUUUAUGAAGGUGUUGAUCAACUGACACCAGUGGAAUUAUUAAAUGCCUGUAGUUCAAGAGGUAUUAGAAGCUUUAACGUUAAAGAAAGUAUUUUACGUGAUAAUUUGAAAAUUUGGUUGAAUAUGAGAAUCAAAGAUAAGAUUCCAUCUACUUUAUUAGUCAUGGCAACCGCUUCCAAUUAUGGUGAUAUAACUAGUAGUAAAUCCUUAUAUGAUGCAUUAUGUGAUACUCUAAGUAGUGUACCUGAUGAAUUAUAUGAUGAAGUUAAAGUUAAUGUGGUUCAAGAAGGUGAAAGUCAUCCAAGUGAAAAAAUUGCUCAUUUGAAAGAUCAAGUUGAAUUCAUGAAAGAUGAAGCUGAACAACAAAAGACAGAACCAGUCAGCGUUAAGGAUGACUUGAGCUUAGAUGAAGUCGAUGUCCAACAACAAGAACAAGUUAAUUCUAAACUUGAACCAGUGGAAAGUUCUAACAAGAAAGAUGAAAUGAGCUAG